AUGUGUAUAACAUUUUUUUUUAUAGAUAGAACUCCAGAUGCUAAGAUCAAAUUUGUUAUGGUCCAUAACAGAGAAGAAGAUUUUGCAAGACCCACUUUAUAGCUAGGAUAAUUUGAAGAAGACACCAAUAUUUUUGGCGGUAGAGAUGAAAGAGAGAAAGGAACUUGGCUAGGAUUUAAUGCUAAAACACAAAAUUUAGCAUUUCUCACAAAUAGAUUCUCUUGGUCGAUCUUCAAAGAUAGAAUGAUUUCUAAAAUAAAUGUAUUUAGUAAAGCAAGUGAAUAGAAAACUAUCUCUAGAGGAAAGUUAAUUUAAGAAUUUAUUUCUACAGAUUUUUUUGAAAGAUAUUCCUUAUAAGAUGAUGAAAAUAGCACAUAUAAUUAUGCCAAGACCAUUUUCUAGAAUAAAAAUAGGUUCAUGCCUUUUAAUCUUUUAGUAGCAAAUCUAAAACAUAUGGAGUUUGUAUUUUAGGGUAAUUAUGAUAAGUUUCCUCCUGUUAGCUUGAGAGAUGGAUAUCAUACAUUUUGUAAUUUUUCAAGUUUUGAAGCUCCAAUUUAAAAGCAAGUUGUAGGCUUAAAUCGCUUUAAAGAAUUAGUUUAGCAAACUAUUUCAAAUUUAAAAGAUAAUAAUGCAGAAAAAAUAUAAAAAGAAAAUGAAAAUGGACUAAUCUAAAAUAUUCACGAUAUAAUGGAGAAUGAAUAGUAUUAAUUUACUUUUAGCUUGCUGCCUAUGUGGAAUGAAUCAAAAAUAUUCAUAAAACCUUAUUACUCAUAUUUUAGUAGGCAUUAUAGAGGAACAAGAACUUCAACAGUAUUAAUUUUAAAUGAUAAAAACAAAUUAAGUAUUUCUGAAAAUACUUAUUCUUAAGAUACUAGUAUAUAAAAAGUUAACAAAAAAUAUGAAAUUUAGCUAUGA